AUGGCACCCCCGGAGCCGAAACUCUCGACCACGGUUCUCGUUGUGGGCGCAGGUUCAACUGGACUUGCUUUGGCUCAGGGGUUGAAAAAGGCUGGGAUUCCUACUAUUGUGGUAGAAAAACAUGACAGCUUAGAUGCACAUAACCGUGACUGGAACAUGGGCUUGCACUGGGGCGCAGGCCCUUUGCAAGCUCUCUUACCAGAAGAGCAAUGGUCACGAAUCCAGUCAGUCCAAGUCGAUCCUAAUGAGCCUACAGCAGAACAAGAUGCUCUCAACUUCCUCAACGGACAGUCCGGAGAGGCCAUGGCUUCCAUCCCUGCGCGUCUUUUCUAUCGGUUGCGUCGUCGGAAACUCCGAGGCCUGAUGGAACCAGGCUUAGACAUUCGGUAUGGCCAAAAGCUACAGGACAUUCAGUGUUCUGCCGACGGCGAACAUGCCACUGCCAUGUUCGAAGAUGGCUCGUCCAUUUCAGCUAGCAUUAUAGUGGGCGCUGAUGGAGCUCGCUCGACGACACGACACGUCUUGCUAGGACCUAACAGAGGGGAGGUCCGCCGGCUUCCUUACUGCGCAACCUUUAUCCAGGCCCAAUACUCCGCAGAGCGUGCUCGCUACUUACGACAGUUCCACCCUCUUUACAUCGCUGGAAUUAAUCCUGCGGGGUAUUUCUCUUUCUUCGGCCUACACGACGCAACAGAUCGCGAGAGACCAGACACUUGGACUUUCUUCUUCUACAUAUCAUGGCAUUCCUCCCUGCAGGAGCAACGGGAGACAGCUGGUUGGAGUAACGCACAAAGGCUUGAGCAAGUCAAGAAGUUUGCCAAGACUUACACUGAUCCUUGGAAGAGCGCGUUUGAAUGGCUGCCGGAUGACCAGCAAGUCUGGCACAUGGGCCUGAGCGACUUUGACCCACGCGAAAAAUCCCAUAGGUGGGAUAACCGAGGGGGGCGGGUCACAUUGGCUGGUGAUGCAGCACACGCCAUGACAUAUCAACGUGGUCAGGGCUUGAACCAUUCCAUUACCGACGCAGCCAAUUUGGUGGAAGCAGUGCGACGGUUUGUCUCUGGAGAGGCAACGCGGGCUGACGCUAUAAGGGAGUAUGAAGAUGAGAUGAUUUCCCGCGCGGGGAGUGAAGUUGGCCUGUCUACUGUCAACACGGCAAUGCUGCAUGACUGGCACAAGGUGUUACAGUCACCGGUAAUGACAUCCGGCAUGAAACGGUCAACUGAAAUUAUAGCCAAUUGA